CGGCACUGACGGGCUAGGAUCCCGGGAGGAGUCGGGGGCGCUGGCGGCCAGCCCGUCCCUCCUGGGCGGAGCUCUGUUCUCCCCCGCUGCAGACGGUGGGCGCCCGGGAACCAGAGUGGAGCGAGCCGGAGCCGGAGCGCGGCGGCCGCGGAGCAUGGAGCGGGCAGCGCCCUGAGCCCCUUCCCCGGCGGCAGCAUGAGCUUCUCGCGGCCCCUGCGGCGCUCCGUGAGCCUGAGCCAAGCCCGGACCCUGCGGCUGGUGGUGCUGGGACAGGGCGCCGUGGGGAAAACAGCUCUAACUGUGCGAUUCAUCACCAAGAGAUUCAUUGGGGACUAUGACCCUACUCUAGAAAUGAUUUACAGACACACGGCUGUCAUCGAUGGGGAGAUGGUGCACUUUGAGAUUCUCGACACAGCAGGACAGGAGGAAGACUCCUUGCAGAUCGAGGAGAAGAUCAAGUGGGGUGACGGCUUUGCCGUGGUAUACUCUGUGACCGACCGGUGCAGCUUCGACGAGGUCAUGAGGCUGUGCUUCCUCAUCAACCACAUCCACUCGAGCCCCAAGCGGAGCAGUGGGAGUGACCAGCCGCCCGUGGUGAUUGUUGGCAACAAGAAGGACCUGCAGUUUGAUCGGAUGGUGUCUUAUGAGGAUGGUGAGAACCUCUCCAAAGCCCUGAAGCAUCCUUUCUAUGAGAUCUCCACCAGGGACAGCUAUGAAGAGACCGUGGUGGUGUUCAAUACCCUGUAUAAUGAGCUGAUGAGACAGGGGCACUUCUCCCCGGGCUCCUUCAAGAGGAGGGCCGUGUCUAAGCUGAUGGAAAAGAUUCCAAAGAUGCAUGCCAACUCCACCCUGAACUCAGGUGGCCGGAGCCUCAGCUUCAACUCCUUCAGGGACUACAUACCGGAGUGAGCCCCCACAUGGGCAGGGUGUGGGAGAGAACAGUGCCCCGGAGCAGCCUGGAUUGGCAAUGAACAGGCUGCAGGCUGCUCACCUUCCCAGUCUAGAGAGCACUGUAUGUCGCAAGGGUGGGUCCUUUCAGGCAUCUGUAUUCCAGGAAGGUCACAAUGCAGAUCUGUGCUGGCUUCCUACAGGGAAUUAGCAAGAGGUGUGUGGCUCAGUGGGGUUGGUGCAUCAGCCAUUCACCUGUAAAGCCCAGGGGUUUACUUCCUUGCUUAGAUUCAGCAGUGAAAACUCAUUUGGGGGGGGGGGGUCUCCCUCCUCCUCCUCAUCUCCAUUCUGUGCACAUCACAAACUGCCACCGAAUUUAACACAAUUGGCAGGCUCCGCUCAGGAGAGGCUUGAGGGCACUGCAGGCUAGGACUGAGGUGCAGACCUGUGUGGGUGCCCAGGCCAUGGUGACCAAGGUCUGCUGUAGGGCAAAAUUGAGAUGCAUUGGUAGAAUUGGCAGGAAGCUUGCAUAGCACAUGCUGUCAUUCUGCCUGGCUGUUGAUCUCUCCAUUCCAUGAACACAACAUCCACAAGUUAGGCCAAAUAACAUACAUUGGAUUUGUCAAAGCAGGUCAGACCAAGGGUCCGGCCAGCCGUGUCUGCUAUCUCCACCGGUGGCCAACACUAGAUGCUUGGGUUACAUACAGUUGUUGGUGUAUGGAUGCCACUAGCCAGGAAAGUAGCCAGAUCCCGCUUCGGCAAACUUCUUCAAAGUGUUUCCAGCAUUCCCUGCCCCCACCCCAUUUCCCACACUCACUUAGGACCCAAUUCUGCACCCAUCAAAAUCAGUGGCAAAGUUCUCAUUGACUGCAGUGGUGCAGAAUGAAGCCCUUAGUGCCUCGGAGGUCACACCACUGUGACCCCACCAGCUCAGUUUGACUCUCAAAGACUUGCACACAAACACUCAGCAUUGAAUGUUUCACUCCACCUGCAGCCUGCUCAGAUCCUCUGAGUGACUACUUUGGUGAGCAUGGAGAGCCUACUGACCCAUAGAUCAUGUGGCCGUAUUGAGGAAAGAGCCUUAUUUCUGACCGUUACAUAUGUUUUAGAUGUAUGUCUCUAGCUCAGAUGAUGGAGAAACUAUCAAAGGACCGUGUUUUCCCUCUUACAGCUCUCUAGACUUUUUAUUCACUUUUUUACCCUGAGGAAAAUAAAUCCAAGUGAGAAAAGAAGAACAAAGUCUGUGUGAAAGGUGCCAGCCCCUAAAUGGAUUCAAAAUUUAAAGGGGUGCCAUCAAUUUGAAAUUGAGUUUAUUUCAAAAUAGAAAUUAAAAGCAGUUUGGCGCCCUACCCCUGCCUACCUGUCAAUCUGUGUGGUUUUUCAUUACUAUUUCUCUGUUAGUGUUUGCAAUUUUUGUCUUUCUCAUGGCUGUCUGAAAGCUUCACAGAAACCAGGGAAACUGACUAGCAGCUAUACAGGAAACCAGUGAAAUGGACUAUGCACAAAGUAAAAUAAACUGAGAAGACCAACACUUUCCUAGAAUCUCUUUAACAUGGAGUGUUCUUAGGUGCCACUUGUAACAACAAAAAGGGACAACUGUGAGACAGAAAUGGGAUUUUCAAGUUGGCAAUAUCCCUGUGAGAGGUGCAUGAUGGGAAUCCAGCCGUCACUCUCCAUAGGGCUGGGGGCAAGGCAUUCUAAUAGUAAGGUGUGUGUGGUACAAAGACACAGGGCUGGCUCCAGGCACCAGCUUAGCAAGCAGGUGCUUGGGGCAGCCAAUUCAAAGGGGCGGCACGUCCGGGUCUGCGGCGGAAAUUCGGCGGUGGGUCCCUCAUUCCCUCUUUUCCUCUUUGAGCUGCUGCCGAAUUGCCACCAAAGAGGAAGAGAAGGAGGACCCGCUGCCAAACUGCCGCAGAAGGAGCGGUGCGGUUGAGCUGCCACCGAAGUGCCGCCGCUCAUCUUUUUUUUGUUGUUGUUGUUGCUUGGGGUGGCAGAAAAGCUGGAGCCGGCCCUGCAGAGACAAAACGAGACUUAAUGCCUCAGGGGAUUGGAGCCCUUCUAGGAUGUUGGUGUGACCUUCCCCUACCUGCCCCCAAGCUGUGAUGGGUAGUAACCAAAAGUUUCCGUUUGAUUAUGAGAGGAAGGAUGGUCUAGUGGUUAGGGUGCUCGCCUAGGAGACCUAGGUUCAAUGCUCUGCUCUGCUUCAGACGACUGUGACUUUAAGCAAAAAGCUUAAUCUCUCUGUGCCUCAGUUCCCACCUGUGAAAUGGGAAUAAUAGCACUUCCCUAUCUCGCAGGGACGAUAGGAUGUUAAAGAUGGUGAGAUGCUCCUAUGCCCCAGUAAUGGGGGCCAUAUAAGUAGACAGAUUUGAUACAUAAAAUAGAUUUGCUGGCUGUUCAGUGGCCUGUUUGAGCUGUUGAAAUCCCAACGUUACCGACUAAUUACUAGUGACACCUCAACUAUAGAAAGCGAAUGUUCUCUCUGCUUUAUUUUUCUGCAUUUAAACUAUAGCCAUCUCCCUUCCUGUCUGUCAGACACUAACCGUGCGUCUUGUACUACAGAGAAAUGUUUAAAUGUAAAAGAGAAAACCGCUUACAGUGGCAUUGUAUUAAAAAUAUGCCUAUUAAUCCCAGGUUUUGUGAAACCGUUUUUGGUUUAAGCUACUUGAGAGAGUGUCCUUUAAUAGCACAGUAAAUAACAUCUUAGGCCAGGAAAGGCAAAGAUUUCAGAUUUUGCUGUCCCACUUCAGCCUAAAAGAACCAGGCACAUUUUAAUGUCGGUUGGGUGAUGUUGUUUUUGUUGUUGUUGUGGUUGCUGCACUCUUUGCUGAAUCUAUGCAUCUUGUGUUCUUUGUCUCACUUUGGGUCCUCCAUCUCCUAGGGGAGGGACAUACAGGCUUCUUGCACAUUCCUAAUGAAUCUAGCAUUUGAUUUAAAUUUCCAUAUUGCUUCUGAUGAACAGAAUAUUUUUACAGGAUCUGUAGCUAAUGUCUACAGACCUAGGCCCGUUAAGGGACUCUGUCAAUCCAAGAGGAUUUUUCAUUUUAAGCACCAUCUGUUCCCUGCUGAAUUUUCUUAGAAGCCAGUAUGUGUACACUCUCCUCUACUGCCAGUGUCUGUAGAAUGCAUUUGAGUUACUGCGCAUCGCAAAUCAAGGAGACUGCAUUUCCAGUGAGACACCCCCCCUACUGAAACCUGUGCUAACAAUCAUCUGGUAACCACACUCAUCCAUCCUAGGAGCCAGUGAAAUAUUAAUCUCUGUGGGGAUUGCUCCAUCUUAACGGCAUUGCUUUAUAGCGUGGUUGAAUAGUGAACAGAACACUAGAUGUCUAAUGGAAGAGGUUUCAGUGUAUAUGAGGAAGACCAAACAUCUGGGCUGGUAAUUCUAAAUGUGGAUUAAAUGGAGCAGAGAGAGGAAUCUGGUGAGGCACAGAAGAACUGAUUCUUUGUCUAGUUAUUAAAUGUCCCAUCUUUGUAAAAGGUACCAGUUCAGACAUGCUCACCAGGGAGUGAAAUCUGCUGUUGCAGGCUGGGUGGAGAGAUCGCUGUGGUCUCUGCCAUGAUGUAUAGAAUUUUUGUAUCCUACUGACAAAACUGUUGUCUUCAUGAACAAAUGCCUCACUAGGGAGCAGCCAGCCAUCGACACAUGCUCGACUUCCAGCUAGCAAUAUCUCUUCCAGUGCCUUCACACAUGAGGGCUUUGCAAAACAUAUUCUUGGCUUUCUAAAAAAAUCAUAGAAAUUAGAGACAGAAACUUCCUUUUGAGUCCCCUUCUCUCUAUCCCCCCUGUGAGUAUAGGACUGUUCCUUCCAGAAUAUAGCUUUGCUACGUGUGAUGGAUUUGCUAAAGAUCUGUGAUGUAAAUAACAUGACUUGCGUUUCUCUCGAAGAAAUAACCCUAGUCGACUGUUGAACUGUACACUAGCUGCAUUCCGUUAUAAUAAAACUCAACUUGAACAAC